AUGUUCGCCUCGCUGCUUCGUCCAAAGCGCCAGCGCGGGCAGAUGGAGCAGUCCCCAUUCUCGACCCCUUCGCCGUGGUUUCGCGGCGCGAACAACAACCCGCGACGCGUCCCCCGAGCCGAUGAAAGCAGCGAUGAUGGGCCAGAGCUUCAGGAAAUCGAUGAAGAAGAUAUGGAUCAGGACUGGGAUGAAGAGGAAGAGGACGGACCACUCGAGUCUACACCUCUACUGCCUAUGUUCUCUGCGUCGCAUUUGGAUGCGCUGCCUGUUUACAACAUUACCCACGCCAUCCGUCCCUUGAUAGCCUCCCGCUGCGAAACCACCCUAACAUGGGACCAACUACGCUCGCCGCAGGUCUCCCAGUUCCUGAUCAAGCCAAUCCUGCAAAAGAUCAUGUCGGCCCACUUUUCGCGCGCGACCCUCUAUGCAUUAAUGGCCAAUUGUCUGCAAUUCGAGAGAGAAAUACACCUGAGUCCGGGGAAUAGCGGGGCAAAUCAAACACGGGCAAUGGUCAGUGAACUAUUGGCAAUAAAGCUAUUGCGGGAAUACUCGACCCGAGAAUUGAUCGAUGCGCUGUCCUACGAGUUCUAUCCCCUCCAGGGCCAGGAUCAAUCCACGACACUAGUCACUGGCCCCCAGCGGAAACGGGUGGUUGCUGCCCGUGUCUCAUGCUUGGAAGUCGCUAUUCGCGCGCAGGCCAAGCGGUUCUUGGCUCAUCCUGUCGUGGUGCAACAAUUGGAGGCUAUCUGGGCAGGAACGGUUGUCUUUCACUCUGCCGCCGACAAUCUCCACCGUCCUGUGAACAUGAAGCAAGGUGGAAACCUGGAUUAUGGGGCAACAAUGGAUCCCAAUGGGGACAUUACAACCGACUCCAGCAAUAAGACACUUCGGCGAUCAGUGACAAUCUACAACCCCGGGACGCAUCUUUUACUCUUGGGACUUUUCCUGGCUGUUCUGGAACAGCGCAGCCGCAGGGUCACAUCUCUUGAAAUUGUAUUCUGGUUCUGGAGUGCCGGAUUUAUGCUUGAUGAAGUUGUUGGGUUCAAUGAGCAAGGAUUUAGUCUUUAUCUGAUGAGCUUCUGGAAUCUGUUCGACGUCGGGAUUCUGCUAUUGCUCUUUGCAUACUAUUGCUUGAGGAUAUACGGCACAUUCCUGACAUACCCUAGAAGUCAAUUCAUCGCCGAUCAAGCCUUCGAUGUUCUUACGGCUACAGCUCCCUUGCUAUUCCCGAGGUUGUUUUCCAUAUUGGAUCAUUAUCGCUACUUUUCCCAACUCCUCAUUGCUUUCCGAAUAAUGGCAUCAGAUCUAAUUGCCGUCUUUGUACUCAUCGUCAUUUCUUGCUCUGGCUUUUUUGUCUCUUUCUUAUACUUUGGAGACAACAAGUCCCCCAAAGUGGUGGCUUAUGGUUUGUUCCAGAUGCUGAUGGGAUUUACGCCAACCGCAUGGGCAAUGUGGGAUGAAUACAACUUUCUAGGGAAAACUAUCCUGACGGUCUUCCUGUUCAUCUGUCAUUUUGUCGUCGUCACUAUCUUGAUCACGGUUCUGACCAAUUCCUUCAUGAGAAUUGUCCAGAAUGCAAAUCAAGAACAUCAGUUCUUGUUCGCUGUCAAUACCAUCUCGAUGGUCAAGUCUGAUGCUUUGUUCUCCUAUGUGGCGCCGACAAACGUCAUUGCCUGGCUAGUGACACCAUUCCGAUACUUGAUGCCGUUCCGUGAAUUCAUUCGGCUCAACCGGACCAUUAUCAAGAUAACACACUUACCCAUACUGUUCACAAUUUGUUUCUAUGAGAAGACAAUCCUCUGUUCUCGAGUCGUUCAGCCGAUGGAUCUAAUUGAACCUACACAGAAUGAAACUCCACCUCAAGCCCAGAAAUGGCAGCCCAGUCGAUUCCGUGGUUUCAGCACCAGUGCAUCGGUCUUUAGGCGAGAGCCCUCUGUGGCAACAUUCCAGAAGGAUCGAGCGUUGGAGGAAGUGUUUCGACGUCCUUACAAUGACGAUCGAAUCCGAGGGCCACCGAGCACUGUGCAUGAACACCAGACCAAUAACGUCAUCAAAAACUGGAUGCAGGAGAUUGGCUCUGAACCAGCCAAUGGACCUGAUGAUGGGGAUUCGCUAAUUGUGGACCAUCGUGGGGUGCAUCGGCAACGACCCAAAUUUCCAUUCCGGGCUAGAUUGGCCAACAAACCUCGAAAUUUCACCGAAACGACCCGAUCGGUUGCUUCGAAUCCCGAGGACCGAACAAGCUGCGUUACAAGCCCAGUCAUCCGGCCUCGGCGCACAAGACCCUCUGUCUCGCCCACUCAGAAACGACAACUCUCGCAUCAUACAGACAUGGAGGGCGAUGAUGAACUUACCAGCAACGAUGGCGACUCAAACGAUGACAAGAACUUGGCCCCAGGCUCCACGGGUGAGAUGGCUGACUCGGUCGGAGGCGCAGAGAAACCCUCGCCCAAGUUCUACAGCUCUCGCCCAUCUACGGCAAUGAUUAUCUCACGUCGCAACAGCCCUACACGUCGCAUCAGGCACACGCGGAAUGCUUCCGGUGUCACCAUGCUGUACAAUCCCGUUGGAUCUCCAAAUGAAGAGACGGAAGGCCGGGUCACGCCUACACGGCCAGAUGCCGAUUCUUCCGAUGGAGAAUCCCCUCCUAUCGCCUCUGCCUCAGUAGACCAAGGUACCAUGAAGCGUCACAUUCUAGCCGUAUCUCGUCCUCGGAAUCCUGCGAUUGGACUAAACCACAUGUCCGUCCCCGAGGUGAACAGUAACUACCUAUCUGAUCGGCCCACAGGCACACGUCGUCGAUCAUCCCUUCUCUUCGAUCUGGGAUCUGACCUAGGCGACAACAAGGCCGUGGCGGGUGGCUUUGCCGGUGCCCUUCCGUCUAGUUUCCAGACCCAGCUAGGCUUUGCCCCACCCGUUAUUCGUCGUGAAGCCCCAAUCCAAACCCAAGACAUGAUCAGCAAGUUGGUUCUAGCUCGCAUGAACAACAUCGAAGAAGGAUUCCGCGAGGUGAUCAAAGAAUUCAAAGAUCUCCGCCGCAGCGAGUCCAGUCGCAGUCCAAGCCGACCGGAUGAGUCCCGGGGUGCUACACGUGAGAAAAAGAAGCGUGACAAGAAAGACUCGAAGAAGAAAAGUGUCAAUUCACCCGGAAGCCGGGCUGGGAGUGGUGGAAGCCCAUUCAAAGGAAAUGCCCCCGGUGAUGAUACCCUGCCGUCUACCUAA